AAACAAAUGAACGACGAUAGAAGGUGGUGCACGAGAGAACGCUUUCAUUCCGCUUUCCAAAGCGGCCAAGUACGGAGCUCACUGCUGCUGCAGUUUGGAACGCUUGCUCCAGAUUCAGCAACCAAAUGUUGGACCGUGUGAGCUGCCCACGAGGUAGCAGCCUUGGCGGUUCGGAACGUGGAUUGACGUACGAAAGAAAGUCCGCGAAGAAUGACGAAGAUGUGGAGGAGUACAUCACUGAGCUGGCGAGUCUUCUGCUUCUCCGGGCAAUGUACGACUCGCCCCAAGCGGAGAUUAUGGUGAACGUGGAAUGGGCGGGCGAAUACGGAGACAUCGUGGCGUUCGCGCGCGUGUGGGGCGACGCGUCGCUGUGGGCGCGCGACGAGCUGCGCGGGCUGCGCGAGGAGGCGCUGUUCGCGGUGUACAGCGACGCGGCGGCGGCGCGGCCGCCGGGCCCGCCCGCGCCGCCGGCCGUCACGCGCCUGCUCACCACGGGCGCGCCCGGCUGCCUGCGCCGGCUCGUGCCGACCGCGCACCCGGACGUGGCCGGGCCGCUCGCCCACGACUUCCUGCGCCGCUUCGUGCUGUGCACGCAGAUGGCGCCCGCCCACCUCCUGCAGGAGCUGCUGCGCCAGGAGCUGGCCCUGCAGCACGGCAUCCUGCGCAGGCACGACGAGCCCGCGCAGGCGCUGCGCGCAGAGAUGCGUCGCUAUGUGGGCCUGCGCGGGCGCGUGCCGGUGCUGGGCGCGCGCUCGGCGCCGUACGCCGCCUUCCAGCGGGCGCUGGCCGCGCAGACGCGCUGCCCGCAGGGGCUGCGCAUGUCGGAGCGCAGCCUGGACUACUACGCGGCGCGCGUGCAGGCGCUGGCCGCCACGGCGCCCGCCGCCGCCGUCUGGAUGCCGCACUCGUACGCGCAGCUGCGCACCUUCUGCCUGGUGCAGAUGGUGCGGCGCGCGCCGACGCUGGCAGCGGGCCAGCCGCUGCUGGUGGCGCGCGCCGCCGACGUGGCCGAGGCGCUGCGCGAGAACGCCGUCUCAGCGGUGACGCUGUGGAGGCGCGGGCCCGGCGUGCUCAUUCUCGACGCGGAGGGCGUGGCCGACUGUCAGAACCUACAGCUGGAGCUGGAGGCGGCGCUGCAGGAGGGCCUGCCGCCGGGCCAGGGCCAGCGCCACCUGCUGCUGGUGUCGGGCGAGCGGGGCGGCUGGCUGCCGCGCGCGCUGCGCCUGCCCGAGCGCGUCGGCCCUGCGGAGCUGUUGCUGACGCCCGGGCCGCCGGUUCCCAUCGGCCGGCCCCUCCCGGAGCCAGACCCGCUUUUCGUGCCCCGCAAGCUGCGCAGCGCCGUCUUCGUCAAGGAGUCCAUCUUCAGGGACGAGAAGCUGGGCGACCUCUUCCUGGUGUCGGGAAUGAGCAAGGAAGAACUGCUGGGCGUCGUGCCUGACCCGCAGCGCGUGUGCAGUGCUCAGGAGGCGCGCGGCGCGGCGCGCUCGGCGCAGUUCGUGGCCGGCGAAGGCCUCGCCAAGGACGAGGACACGUUCAAGGCCCUCUGCGCCAAGCAGAAGCACCGCGGCGCGCACUGGCUCAGGAAGACGCCCCAGGGCCUGCUGUGGAUGGCGUCGGACGGCGAGAAUUCCAAGAUGGUGGACAAUCACGUGGAGUACGAGUGCAUGUGGGCCAUUCGCCAUAAGAAGUCGCCGCUGGCUGAAAUUGAUCAGUUGUUGGUGAGGAACGACCAGAUCAAAGUGAGGCAGGUGGUGUGCGACGCGCCGGGCACGGGCAAGAGCGCGCUGCUGCGGCACGUGGGCGAGCGGGCGCGCCAGCUGAUGCCCGGGCGCUGGGUGCUGCCCGUGCACCUGGGGCGGCUGCGGCCGCGCCUGCACCGCCUGCUGGACAAGUGCGUGACGCAGGAGGCCGUGCUGGAGCUGAUCCAGGAGGCCGUGCAGCUGGACGGCGAGGCGUUCCCGGCGCUGUCGCUGGACGUGCUGCGAACCGUGCUGUGGCGCACCGGCGACGUGGUGGUGCUGGUGGACGCGCUCGACCAGGCCGCGCCCGAGUUCACGCUCGUCGCGCAGGACAUCCUGGGCGUGCUGGCCAAGUCGCCGGCGGCGGUGCUUGUGGUGGCGACGCGCGCGGCGACGCGCGCCGCGGCC